GUCGGAGACAAAGAAAAAAGUUAUUACUUUUUCUAGUCUGCCCAGCUUGAUGGUGGUCGACUCCCAGGCCAUAGUGACCCUGAGGUAGUUCAAGUCCUUGUGGGCCUCUUUCCCCCUCCCCAUGGCUCAGAAGACUUUAUGUGAAGAAUUGGAUGAACCCUCACAGGAUUUGGAUUACGAUAUUCCGGAUCACAAAGAUGCAAAUAGGUUCUUCAAAGUCAAAUGGUCUGCGGAAGAGGAUGAAAAGUUGAAGAAGUUGGUAAACCAAUAUGGCAAAAAUGAUUGGAGACUUAUAGCAAGUAAUUUUUCUAACCGAACUGAUCUUCAGUGCCAGCAUCGUUGGCUGAAAGUUCUGAAUCCAGAGCUUGUGAAAGGGCCAUGGACAAAGGAAGAAGAUCAGAAGGUAAUUGAAUUAGUUCAGAAACAUGGGCCAAAACGUUGGUCAUUAAUUGCGAGACAUCUAAAAGGUAGACUUGGGAAACAGUGUCGUGAACGCUGGCACAAUCAUCUCAAUCCUGAGGUAAAGAAGUCAUCUUGGACUAAAGAGGAGGACAAGAUUAUUUACGAAGCACACAAGGUCCUUGGCAACCGCUGGGCAGAGAUUGCAAAACUGCUACCAGGGAGAACAGACAAUGCUGUAAAGAAUCACUGGAAUUCGACACUGAAAAGGAAGGUGGAGGUGGAAGGCUACUUACAAGAUGGUAACCAGGAUAUGCCUAUGUUUUUAUUCACUCAUUCAGAGGAUGGUGAAAUCCAGUGUUUCAGGACCAAACUGUCUCAGACUUCUUCAAAACAUGAGCCUGUUUCUGUAGAACCACUUCCACAGCCGCCAUCUGUUACUAUAAAGCAGGAGGACAGUAUUGCUAGCUGGCUAGGCAAUAUUCUUGUGGAUAACACAUUACCUGGUGAUCAUGGACAAUCGUGCAUUUCUGAAACUCAGCAAGAUCAGUCAGCUUCUGAUCAAUCGCAGGAACAUAAUCAGUCUCCAGAAGAGGGUUCUGGCAGCAUGUUUCUGAUUGUAGAUUCUGGGACAAUAUUUUCUCCGCAGUCAGCCCCUGAAUUCUCUGAGCCUCUGGAGCCAAUCAAACGUGAUCCAGAUACGUGGUCUGAUCUAUCUUGCUUUGAUUUACCGGAGGAUCUUAUCAAACAGACUCCUGAUAAGACGUCACAGCAGAGUUUGACGGAAUAUCGCAUUGAUGCCAAUACCAUCUCCGACCUAAGCAAGAGUGCUAAGAAGGGUGAACUCAUACCCAUGAUCACCUCUCCAAUUGCAGGAAGCUUCAGUACACCACCAACGAUCCUGAGGCGCAAGAAGAAAACAAAAAUUACACUUUCACCUGUCAAUGAUAGCUAUGGGAAUAGCUUUGCUAUUUUUGAAAGCAGUACCAGCAGCAGCAUGACUCCAAAAAGUACUCCAGUGAAGACAUUGCCUUUCUCACCAUCACAGGUAAUGAAGUAA